AUGGCUCUGAGUUCUCGGGCGCAUGCCUUCUCGGUGGAGGCCUUGAUGGGGAGACCCAGCAAAAGAAAACCACAGGACCCAAGAGAGGAGGUGCAGCGCGAGCUUCUGGAGAAAGAGGGCGGAGAGGAAGAGGAGGAGAGAAGGAGUGGAGCAGCCUGGAAGAGCGAGCUGCCUGCAGAAAAGAGACCCAAGACAGAGUCCUCCACAACUACUCUCUCCAGCUGUGGUGGCCGCAGCGGCGAUGGCAACAGCCACGGAAAUCUUGAAAAGGAUGUUAUUCAAGUGGAGCUUCAAGGGUCCGAGCUGUGGAAACGAUUCCACGACAUCGGGACUGAGAUGAUCAUUACCAAAGCCGGCAGGCGGAUGUUCCCCUCUGUUCGGGUCAAGGUGAAAGGGUUGGAACCAGGAAAGCAGUACUGUGUUGCCAUGGAUGUGGUACCAGUGGAUUCCAAGCGCUACAGGUAUGUGUAUCACAGUUCUCAGUGGAUGGUAGCUGGGAAUACAGACCAUUCAUGUAUCCCUCCAAGAUUCUAUAUCCACCCGGACUCACCAUGCUCCGGAGAGACCUGGAUGCGGCAGAUCAUCAACUUUGAUCGAGUGAAACUCACCAACAAUGAGAUGGAUGACAAAGGCCAUAUCAUUCUACAAUCUAUGCAUAAGUACAAGCCUCGAGUGCAUGUGAUGGAGCAAGAUAGCACAGUUGACCUGUCCAGGAUUCAGUCCCUGCCUGCUGAAGGAGUUAAAAUAUUCUCCUUUAAAGAAACUGAAUUCACUACAGUGACAGCUUACCAAAAUCAGCAGAUUACCAAGCUGAAAAUAGACAGGAAUCCAUUUGCCAAAGGAUUUAGAGAUCCUGGAAGAAACAGGGGAGUAUUGGAUGGGCUUUUGGAGACGUACCCAUGGAGGCCUUCACUCACUCUGGAUUUUAAAACCUUUGGUGCAGACACACCAAGUGGAAGUAGUGGCUCAUCUCCAGUGAACUCCAGUGGGGGGCCUCCCUCUCCUUUAAACUCCAUGCUUUCUCCACCAUGCUCUCCACCUACGUUUCACUUGCCUACAAGCUCCCUUGGAAUGACCUGUCCAGAAGCCUACCUGUACGAUAUCAACCUGCCCUUUUGCUACAAGAUUUGUCCAACUAACUUCUGGCAACAACAACCUUUUGUCUUUCCUCCUCCUGGACGCCUAGCAAGCAACAACAGUCCUCAAUCUUUAGCCCCACUCAUGAUGGAAGUGCCUGUGCUGUCUUCUCUGGGACUCAACAAUUCAAAAUAUCGUUCAUCUGAGGAUUUCAAUGGGCAGUAUCCACAAGCACCUCAUUCUGCCAAUCAAAUAUAUGGAUUACAGGCACCUGGAAACAUUUUCCAAUCAAAUCCCAUGGCCCCAGAAGCCAUCAGUUGCUCUCUGGGUCCAUCCUAUGGCUAUUAUAGGUACAACAUCUCUAUGCCAUCUAGGCUGAUGAAUGCUGCCAACCAGCUCAAAGCAAAUGGCAACAGUAAGAUUUCUUUUAGAGAAGGCAAAUACAAUCAUGCUCCCUGGUACCCAGCAAUCAAUCAUUGCCUUUAA